AUGGCAGUGUCGCUGGCGGUGGCCCUGGGUGGCUCUGGCGCUGCUGGCCGCCGAGGCACUGAAGGAGCCGCUGCUGAACGUCUGCAUGGACGCCAAACACCACAAGAGCGAGCCGGCCCCGAGGGGAGCCUGUACGAGCAGUGCUCCCCCUGGAAGGACAAUGCCUGCUGCACAGCCAACACCAGCCUGGAAGCCCACAAGGACCAGUCCUACCUCUACAACUUCAACUGGAACCACUGUGGGGUGAUGCCACCCAAGUGCAAGCGCCACUUCAUCCAGGACACGUGCUUGUACGAGUGCUCACCCAACCUGGGGCCCUGGAUCGAGCAGGUUGACAGCAGCUGGCGUCGGGAGAGGAUCCUCCACGUGCCCCUCUGCAGGGAGGACUGCGAGGAGUGGUGGGAGGACUGCAAGGACGCCCUCACCUGCAAGGAGAACUGGCACAAGGGCUGGAACUGGGCCACAGGAACCAACCGCUGUCCCUGGGGCUCCAUGUGCAGACCCUUCAGCCAGGUCUUCCCCCGGCCCCAGGACCUGUGUGAGAAGAUCUGGUCCAACUCCUUCCGCUACAGCCGCGAGCCGCGGGGCAGCGGCCGCUGCAUCCAGAUGUGGUUCGACCCUGCCCGGGGCAACCCCAACGUGGCUGUGGCACGGUUCUACGCCCGGAGCCAGAGAUCCCAGCCGGGGCAGGCGGCCGGGGCCGCGCGGGCACCGCCCUGCCCCGCGCUGCUGCUGCUGCCCCCGGCCCUGCUGCUGCUGCCCGGGCAGCUGGGGGCUCUGGGCUCCCUGUGA